AUGAUCGGAUGUGAGCGUGUAGAGACACAGAGUCAGGGCGAUAUGGGUAGUUACAGAAUGUGUCUGAUCUUCACGAGGAAGUUCAGGGUGACCGAGCCUGGUCCGGUUGAUGACGUCAGAAAUGUUUUCGAGAAAUACGCGGGGGGUGAGGCUCACAUGUCGCCGGAGCAGCUACAGAAGCUCAUGGCGGAGGAAAGAGGAGGAGAAUCGAGUUUGGAGGAGGCGGAGAGGAUCGUUGACGAGGUGCUUCGCCGGAAACACCACAUUGCAAAGUUCACGAGACGAAACCUCACUGUUGAGGAUUUCAACUAUUUUCUCUUUUCCACCGAUCUCAAUCCUCCCAUCGGCGAUCAGGUCCAUCAUAACAUGGAUGCUCCUCUGUCACAUUACUUUAUAUACACAGGCCACAACUCCUACUUAACCGGAAAUCAGCUGAGUAGCAACUGCAGUGACCUUCCCAUUGCAGAUGCAUUGAGACGAGGCGUGAGAGUGGUUGAGCUGGAUCUCUGGCCACGUGGCAACGAUGAUGUCUGCGUUAAGCAUGGCAGGACCUUGACCAAGGCCGUUAAGUUGGGUAAAUGCUUGGAGUCAAUUAAAGCUAACGCCUUUGCUACUUCAAAGUAUCCUGUUAUUAUUACUCUCGAAGACCAUCUCACUCCUAAACUCCAAUCUAAAGUUGCCAAGAUGAUAACUCAGACAUUUGGAGAUAUGUUGUAUUACCAUGACUCUGAGAGUUGCAAAGAGUUUCCUUCACCGGAAGAGUUGAAGGAAAAGAUUCUUAUAUCAACGAAACCUCCAAAGGAGUACUUAGAAGCUAACGAUGUGAAGGAGAAAGAUAAUGGAGAUAAAGGGAAAGAUUCAGAUGAGGAUGUAUGGGGGAAAGAGCCAGCAGAUCUUAUUUCUACGCAAUCCGAUCUCGACAAGGUCUCAAACAGUAUAAACUAUGUCAACCACGAUGAUGAGGAGAGGGGUUCUCGUGAUUUUGAUGUGUCAUGCCCAUUGCAAGCACCAGAAUAUAAGCGCCUUAUCGCCAUCCAUGCAGGGAAGCCAAAGGGGGGAUUACGGAUGGCGUUAAAGGUUGAUCCGAACAAAAUCAGACGACUUAGUCUGAGUGAGCAAUUACUUGAGAGAGCUGUAGCAACAUAUGGCGCAGAUUAUCUCAAGUUAACCUAUCUAGGAACCUCACAAUGUGAGCAGAUUCACGCAAAAGAACUUUCUGAGGAUAUAUCCCAAAGGCACAAGAUCGGUUGGAUGAGUGGAGCUCAAUUGAUUGCAUUCAACAUGCAGGGGUAUGGAAGAGCAUUGUGGCUGAUGCAAGGAAUGUUCCGAGCCAAUGGAGGGUGCGGUUAUGUCAAGAAGCCAGAUUUUCUUAUGAAUGUAGGUCCUAAUGGAAAAGUCUUUGAUCCCAACGAGAACUCCUCUCCAAAGAAAACUUUAAAGGUGAAAGUAUGUAUGGGAGAUGGAUGGCACCUGGACUUCAACAAAACUCACUUUGAUCUCUAUUCUCCUCCAGACUUCUUCGUUAGAUUGGGUAUUGCGGGAGCACCUGCUGAUGAGGCGAUGAAGAAAACAGAAGUAAAGUAUGAUACGUGGACACCCAUUUGGAACGAGGAGUUCACAUUCAAGUUAACUGUUCCUGAACUUGCUCUGCUCCGCGUUGAAGUGCAUGAAUACGACGCUAAUGAAAAAGACGAUUUUGGAGGCCAAACUUGUUUACCUGUGUCCGAGUUACGGCAAGGCAUACGCGCUGUUCCGCUUUUCAAUCGAAAGGGAGUUAAAUACAGCUUCACGCGGCUUCUUAUGCGCUUUGAGUUUGUCUGA